AUGGCGGACAGAAUGGAGGAUUUAAAACUGACUGUAAACCAGGAUUUUGCAAAAAAGCUUCAGAAACAGAAGGAGAAAGCUGAACUUGAUAAUUGUAAGUAGGAAAAAAACCUUCUUCGGCGUUCAACAAGUUCAAAAUUCGAGGCUAGUGAGUAGUGAGCACUGCAUGCUGGCUGCCAAAAUUGAGAUCCCUAUCACGUGGUUCUGUUGUCUGUUAUUUGCAGUGAAACAGAAGUUUGGAGACAAAUAUCUUGAUGACGAAUCUGAAUCAAGCUCUUCCGAAUCAGAGGAUGACGAUGCGAGAGUGAGUGAAUAUAUUAAUGUUGGAAACUGAUUUUAAUAAGCUGAUAACAGCAUUUUGCUGAUACCUUAUACUUGUACCUUCAAGCUUAUUUAUGUUGUGGUUCAAUUUUAUCCUAAACUGCAACUAGUCUCUUAUUUUUCUUUUGAGUCACAGUAGAUCAAGAGCAUGCACAGGGGGAGAGCAGCAUCGCCGUGAGGAACGAGGACGGAAGCCCGAGCAAAGACAAAAUAAGAGACUGUGAUGGGAUAUUUGAUCUGGCAAUUUGCCGCUUUUCAUGCCUCCUUAAUUGACAGUUGCUUCUUCUGAAAAUUACGUGGUAAAGCGUACGUAAAAGGACAUUUGUUUGUCGACUAGAUAAGCGACGACAAAGGUUACGAACAUUAGUUCAAAAUACAAGAAAACCUGCACAGUCUUCUUUUUUCCACUCUCCGCCCUAAUCUCUCCUCCUUUUUACCAUUUCACUUUUGAGUUUGCCGCUUGUUGCUCUGAGGAAGAAAGACGACUGCUCACGUUCUAAUUUUAUCCUUUUAUUUUUUUCCCUUUUUUUCAAACUCAUUAUCCUACGUUACCAUAUGCUAAAACAAAGGGAAAUAAAAUUUAAACUAAAGAUAAAAUUAAACCACAACAUAUAAUUUUAUAUAUGUUGUGGUUCAACUUUAACCUUGGUCAAAAUUUUAUUCUCCUUUGUUUAAAUUUAUUUCCAUCCGUGUCGCCACUUUCAGAUUGCCCAUAGUACAUGUUGUUUGCCCCUCCCACACUCCCUCCCUACUUCCAAUUUAGGAUAACCAUUGGUUCCAACUUCUCCUGGGCAUUUUAUUCAUCCCAAACAAACAAGGUUUAUGUAUGGGUGAGGCAAAUGAAGUGGCAAAUUAUAAUAGUUGAAACAGAGGAAAAUGCAAAUUGAAAUCAAGGAUAAAAUUGAACUCCAACAUACAGGCAUGUGCAUAUAUAAUUAUGAUACAGUUGAAGCUGUUGAUCUCUAAUAGAUGCUGUUGUUGAUGGCUACCUUUAACCCUGUUUGAAUUCUCCCUCUUACUACAGCCAUUCAUGAAGUAGUUACACCUGUAGCUCCAGUUGUUGGCACUGUCUUUAUCUCCUUUUUAAGGGGCAUCCCUUUAAGAAAAGCCUCAGCUUUAUUUAUGAACACUUUCUAUUACUGAUUUUUUCCAGGAGCUUACAUCUCAGAAGGAAAAGGAUUUUCUUACUGUGCUCUCUCUGAUAAAAAAUAGAGAUCCCAAGAUUUAUGAGAAGGAUUCCAAUUUUUACCAUGAAGAAGGUAUGACAACAGAUCAUUCCAUAGUGUAUCUGCUCAUGAACGGGCAUGGUUAGAUAUUGAUCCUUCAUUUCCUAUUGAAGUGAAGGUACAUGUAGUGAAGCAUUUUAAUUUAUAAAUAGUAAAGUUAUCCAUGCAAAGUUGACAAUUAAUUUUGAUACAACUGUACAUAAUGUAAAUAUUGAAUUCAUUAUCCCUCCCAAUAUCAUGCUCUUCAGUUUAGCACUCAAAACAGCCAGGCCUUGUUUAAAAAAAAAUACAGUAUUUUGUGUUCUGCAAUGCUGCAUCACACAGUUAAGCUUGGAAAUUCAAGUAUGCUCUUUCGCAAAACAAAUAACCCUUUUGAACCAAAAAUUUGUUUGAAUAUAGAGAUUUAGCUGCUGUAAUACCUCAUGAAAGUAAACACUCAGAAGAAUUGAUAACCCUUAAGUUUGAAUUCUCAUGACAUCAUAUGAACGAAUAGAGGUAGGAUGUGCAGGAUGUUUGUUAUCUUUGGGGUGUGGAAAACAGCCUUUUGAUCCAUUAAAAAAAGGUGUCCAUAUUUUUGACAUUAUUGUAUGAUGUUUGAUCCUUUUGGUACCAAGGGAACUGUCUGUAAUGUAGAGAGCUUUUCAUAUUAUCAUCAUGCAUAAAUUAUGGAGUUACACUGUAUUUGUAAGGAGAGAACAAAAUAUUAAAGGGGCCGGAGGUAGAAGGGCACAUCUGAUGAACUUACCAAACUUGAAAUUAAUCAAUUGCCAAAUCUUUGCAUACAGACUUACUCUGACCUAAAAAUAACGUUCAGGCAUAAGUUUUUUUCUGUACAAAAUAGUUUUGUCCUUCAUUCCUGAGAAAUAACAUAAAAAAAUUCCCAAAUUUGUUGUGCUUUUUUUCCACUGACUCCUACUUGUUACCUUCUUUUAGCAGAAGAAAAAUCUUCAUCAGAGGAGGACAGCAAGGACCAAUCCAAGUCCACUAAGCCAAUGUAUUUGAAAGAUUUUGAAAGGAAAGAGUUGCUAGAGAAAGGAAGGUUUGUGGAAGGAGUUAUAGUACUACCUGUAAUUUAGCUACAUAUAAGCACGAUAAUGCAUGUUUUUAAUUUGAGCUAAUGUAUUUCUGUUGUGCACUAGUUUAGGGAAAGCCAACAUUAUGCUAAAUAACCUAGCCAUUCUGCCUGAUUUUAAAUAUCCUAGCAUAAAGCCAUAUAAAUCAGGGUACAGUGUACUAUAGGUCACUCAGCUUGAGCAACAGCAGAGGGUAUUUCGCAGACUACUGAACAGCCACCAAACUCCAAAUCAAGUUCCAGAUGAGUUUUUUAAGUAAAAUGUCCUUAAAUAGUUGAUUUACUAAGUUUACUUCACAAUAAUUUUCAGCAUUCAGUGGCCAUUCGGCAUAAUGCAAAAUACCCCCAUUAUCUUGCUGUUACUCAAAGACUGUUGCAGAAAGGGUAUGUUACAGAAUCAACCAAUAUCCCAGUGAUUCUGCUACAAAUAGUUAUGGUGAGUCUCGAGACUCAUCUUGUGAAAAAUCAUGAGUAAAAAAAAUACUUUGGCCUUUAUGUAUCCACCCAGUUAAUCUGAAGACGGACUCCAAAACUCUGCAUUACAGUAUGCUGAAAUUAAGUUAGAGUCCUUCUAUUUUAAAGCACAACAAAUGCUAAAAGAAAUAUGCCUAGUUUAACAACAGCCAUGAUAACUGCCUUAGAAAUCACACAAACAGGAUAUUCUACAAAAACACAUCUUCAGAUCGAUCAAUCUAUCUUUGUGUCCUACAGGACACAUGCCAUGAUUUGUUAUGGGUCAGGGACGCAAGAUGCAGAGUUAAAAAAAAAUCACUGAUAUCCAGCCAUCUUGAGCUGAUGCUUGGUCAAUAAUGCAUAAUCAUCUUAUAUAAGCAGCACAAUUAAAGGUGCUCUAAAUCAUCAAACUGAUUGAUGCUUUGACUUCCAAUUAAACAGAACUUUUUAACUCAUUUUUUAUUUUCACUGGCAGCAAAGCAUUCUUAAGUGACGAAGAAAGUGAUGAAGAUGAAACAUCUGAGGUAAACAUACAUAAAGAACUUCGCAACUGUUAAAGACAUAGUUUAUUAAUUUUUGCAGUGGUAACCGUACCUUACAUGUACAAACAGUAACAUUUGCUCAACUUAUAAUUUGCGCAUUUUUUGUGUCACAGGGCAGGGCAUCUCCUACCUUUGUAGAAGAACAAAAGCUCCUCAAGGAAAGGUUGUAAUGUUAUUCCUCAGAUGUUGCCCUUGUUAUGUACAUGUAUUGUGGCUUUAAUGGAAGAAGAGGAAUGGUUUCAAACAGUUUCUAAUAAUCAUUUGAUUCCAAUUUUCUUCCAGUUUUAAAAAAGCCAUUCAAACCAAUGAUGAUGAUGAUGAUGAUGAUGAUAAUGCUUUCCUGAAGGUCAGGGAAAAAACUUCAGAGGAAAAGGUAAAAAUUCUCUUUGCAUAGCAUGUGAAAUCUUUUGCUUUGUUCUCGCCAAAGUGGCUGAGCCUCUGCACUGUCUUUUUAGAGAUGUCAACCUCUGGAGGUCCAAAAAUAAUCUGGAGACUCUGUUCUGCAUUAGCCCCUCCAAUAUCAGUGACCACCUCCCCUUCCCCCUCCCCUCCCCGAUGACAAGUACAAAUCAGCCCAUUCUGCAAAUUGUAACAUGGGAAUUGCUUACAUUGUAGGUCAUUAUUGAUGUCUUACAUGUACAUGAAAUACAGAGCAUCAAAAUUUGCUAGUGUAAUAUUACUGUAAUUAUUAUGAAAUAAUCUUUGUUAGUGAUGAAAUAAAUUAAAAAAUACCCCCAAACCUGUAAAAAAGAUUUCGAAUUUUUCGGGAAAAUGGGUAAAUUCCAAACACAAGCACAGAAAAGUUCAAAAGUGGAUUUUGUCUGGAGCUGAUUUGGUUGCCCUUGCAGGUGAGGGAGGACAGGUGCUCUAUAAUCAGGGAGAGUUGGCAUGUGGAUUCAAAGUUUUACCUUUCUUGAUGUUAGAUAUAAUAAUAUUGUUGAAUAAAUAUAGUCAGUUGCCUCUUCCAAAUUUUGAACAGCACUAGCUGGUUAUGAAAUAUUUGUCAGUAAUAUUCUAGUAAUAUUCUAGCCACUCAGAAAUGGAAAAGUAUGGUAUUAUUGUUUUGAAUGAAUAAAAAUGCCUUUUAUAGAUGCAGGAGGAGAGAGCUUACGUGGAAUGGUUGAGGGGGCAAGAAGAGAAAAAAGACACAAAACCAGCUGUUCAACUGGUGAGUAAAUAAACACCUGUUAGUUAUACCUCAUUGUGAUCUGGCUUUUUUGUGGGGAGGGACGGGAGGUUGGGGUUGGGAGUGAAACAUUGGCUGACAAAAAAACAGGUUGGAGGGUGGGCUGGGGGCAGGGACAGACAGAUGGACCUAUUUUUCACUGUUCUUUCUCUGCCUUUUCUACACUUCACAACCAAAAAAUGUGAGAUUACAAUUGGUUUAAAGGAGCUAUAAUGUACCUACCUACAACAGGCAUCUAAAUAAAAGCUACAGCUAUUAAAAAAAUAUGUAUCGCAAUGAAGAUGUUGUGAUCAUUUACAUUUUUCCUCUUUUUUCUGACUCUUCUUCUCCUUUUUGUUAUUGUUAUUUUAGGAAGCAUUAAGGAGAUACUGGACAGAUCCCAGUUUAGAUGAAGGAGAGCAAUUUUUGAGGGAUUAUAUUCUUGACAGAAAUUACAUUGACAAGGAUUCAGAAAGGUAUACAGUACCUAUAUAUUAUUUUUCUUUUUGUUCAUACUAGUGAUCCAACGUGGCUCUUGAUCUUCUAGAUAAGGGAGAGAAACUCAGUUGCGUUUUGCUUGGAUUAAAAUUGCAGGUGCAGGUACAAAUGGUAGCAGUUGGGGUUUUCAACUUAAGGCGUUAGGCUUAGGUUUAUGUCAUGGGACCUUAAGUCACAUGCACACCUGUGAUAAAAACCUUUGAAUUGCUUUUGCCACAAGUUUGCUCAUCUUUAAUAAAACCUGAAGCUUGCAGGUAGAUAGUGGACACUCUUACCCACGAUCAUAUGAUAGUAUACGACCUACAUGUACUGUACAUGUACGUGUAAUCUUAGGGCGCUUUCCAAAAGUGAGAGCUGGCACACCAGACUACGGCUGGAGCAGUCAUUUUAACAAUGAAAUAGACUUUUCCAAAAGGUUUUUGCUAAAAAACCAUCUGCUUCGUGCAUAGCAAUUAGGAUUUGACUGAUCUGGCUGGAUAGUUUUGAUUAAAAGUGAAAUUCUCAUUACUGUGGGAAUGGUCUGGCAGGGCAGAAAGCGCCCUUAAUGAAGGUGCCUCAUGUGUGGCUAAACACUGGUAAAGUAUUACAUUUUCAUGGUCUCUUUUAAGUUGUAAAGUGAAGUACAGAUGUAAAGAUCAUUCAUCGUGAUUAAUGCUUCUUUUCGAUUUUGUUUGGUCCUUAGAAUUCCAACUUAUGAAGAGAUUGUUGCUGAUGAUGAAGAGGUACUUUUUUAUGAAUAAAGGAGUCACCUAGGCCCAAAAGUCCCACCCCCCGAAAAAACGCUCAAUCUUCUUUGACCUUGGUCGUCGUUUCAUUCUCAACUGUGGAUAACACUGAAACUCUCUACCCUAAAAAACCUUCAACCUUAAAAAAUGAUGUUAUUUAUAACUAAAACCAAUCUACUCUACGACAUGACGUAACUAUGUGACAUCAUUUGGACUGGACUAAUUUAGGCAAUGGUUCAAGAAGUUUACAUUGAUCUGUCCAGUUCUUGUUUCGAUUGAUUUUUUGCUAACGAGUGCUUGCCCUUAAUUUUUGGAUAAACAUAGUUUGCAAAGAUCGCUUCAAUAUUUAAAGUUACUGAAGUUUGUCUUCAGGAUCUAGGAUAGAAUUCAUCGUGCGUCAUUCAUUUUAUUUUUGAUUCUCUAUAAUGAUUUCUAAUGCCAAACAAGGCUAAUGUGUUUUUGUUCUAUUAUUUUCAAUAUAGGAUGAAUCAGAAGUCGAGAAACAGGAAGAAUUUGAACGAAAGUAUAAUUUCAGAUUUGAGGAACCAGAUGCAGAGUUUGUAAGUAAACGUGUUCAUGUAAUUUCCGCCGCUGCACUCUAGUGUGGUCGAGGUAACUUUUUUCUUGUAUUGUCACCGUAGAUUAAAACAUAUCCUCGAACCAUUCAAGGAUCAGUUCGGAAAACAGAUGACCGUCGGAAGGAGAAACGGAAGCAAAGAGAAUUGAACAAACAAAAGGUCAGUGAG